UUUUAACGCCGAUUACCAAACAGCAAAAACAUCGUUUUACUCUGUACAAGUCCUCUUGAAAGUACAACUGAAAAAGCUUAAAAGCGAGCCUCUGAAGUGUUCAGUUAGCUUUUACUGUUUCGGCCUCACCGGAAGUCAACGGCAACACAAUACAAAUAACCACGAACCACGAACUGGCCUGUUCCGGUACCUGGCACAGGCGGGGGCCUGGGCAUCAGUCUCUUUGGAAAAACAAAAUGGCGGCACACUGAAAAGAAUUUCACAUUUCCACUUAAAAUUUACCUCCAAUGGCGAAGAACGUAAAAAAAUCAAAUGAUCGUGAGUUAUUUGAUUCCUUUUUCCCUGGGCUUGUUGAUGAUGUCGUGAAGGAGAAUGAAAACGACCUAGAAACGGGAGACGCUGUGCGUCACAUGCGCGAGGUAUUAGAGUACAAUGUACCUGGAGGAAAAAGAAAUCGUGGUCUUUCUGUGAUUGGAUCAUUGCGGCAUCUUGUAAACCCCAAUGAGUUAGCAGAAGAUGAUGUGAAAACUGCAGUUAUACUCGGAUGGUGUGUGGAAUGGUUGCAAGCAUUCUUUUUGGUUGCUGAUGACAUCAUGGAUGAGUCUUUAACAAGACGAGGCAAGCCUUGCUGGUACAAAAAGGCAGGAGUGGGCAGUAUUGCUAUCAAUGACUUCCUCCUUAUAGAAGCCACUAUCUACAAACUUCUUAAGAAACAUAUCCGUCAUAAGCCAUAUUAUGUUGAUGUGCUGGAUUUGUUUCAUGAGGUUACCUAUCUUACCGCUACUGGACAGACGUUAGACCUUAUUACAAAGCCUGGCAACAAUUUUGAGAACUUCACAUCGGAGAGAUACAAAGCAAUUGUGAAAUUCAAGACUGCUUUUUAAUCUUUUUACUUGCCAGUAGCCUUGGCAAUGUACAUGGCUGGUAUAAAGGACACUCAAUCUCAUGAGAAUGCUAAGGAAAUUUUAUUAACAAUGGGCGAAUUUUUUCAGAUUCAGGAUGACUACCUGGAUUGCUAUGGGGACCCUGCAGUCACGGGAAAGGUGGGAACUGAUAUUGAGGAAAAUAAAUGUUCAUGGCUCAUUGUUCAAGCUCUGCAAAAGAUAUCCACAGAGCAGAUGCAAAUAUUAAAGGAAAAUUAUGGAGUGAAGAGUCCUACAUCGUCAGAGAAAGUCAAAGUAUUAUAUCACGAACUAAACCUAAAGAAACUUUAUGAAGAAUACGAAGAAGAAAGUUACACAAGAAUUCUUGAACUCAUAUCGCAGAAAUCUGCGAAUCUGCCGAAAGAAAUGUUCCUAGAAUUUGUAAAGAAGAUCUAUAAGCGAGAUAAAUGAAAAGAUAGGGUCCAAUUCUAAGAAUUAUUAAGAUGCUAAAGCACAUUGUGUCAAAAGUGGUGUUCUUUGGCUAGUGCGAAACAAGGAAUAUUGAAUAUUUUAUGUGAAAAAAUACUUAUCGCAGUUUUAUUAAGAGUCGAACACUGGGUGAAAUUACAUGUUUGAAUUCUUUUGUAAUGAGAUCACUCAGAUCAUGGUGCAUCAAAGGAAUCGACGAAUCGUUGCCCAGGAAUCUUUGAUACACCAUGACCGAAGUUAUCUUAGAUCAUUAAUCCUGAUCUGGAUCAACCUAAAGGAACACAGCUUUAUUCAGUGCAUAUAUCAGCUUUUAGUAUAAAUCUACUAGCGAUCUAUCACGAAUGCCGUUCUCUGAUUGGCUACGCUACUCACUAUCUA